UGCCCGCGUCCACUCGACUCGCGCGCGCGUUUCCCUUACCGGCGCCGGCAGCGAUGCUCCUCCUUCGCGCCAACCCGGCCGCCGCCAUCCCGGUUUCCUUCUCCACGGCGCCGGCCGCCGCCUAUAGUUGCUCUUGGCCUACAAUUGCAUCCUCCUCCACGAUCGCUCGCUGCUCCGUCGGCUCCUCCACCGACCUCUCCGCCGUCCAGUUCGAUCCGCUCCGCUCCGACUCCAAUCCAUGGGUCGACGGCGUGGCCACCACGGAUGACGCCGAGGAACGCCACGAGGACAACCAAGACGAGGAUGAGCAAUUGAAAGGGGGGCGGGAAAGGGAUCAGAAGGGUAUCUCCGGUAUCCACGUCCCGCGCCAGCGCUACAUCGCCGUACCCAAGGCCGCCCUCCUUGACGCCGUCCUCUCCCUCUUCCCCUCCGACGCCGCCGCCGCCGCCUCUGCUGCAGCAGACUUCAAGCGCUUUGCUAGGUGCUUGGACGCUGUUCUUCACGCCGAGCACAAGCAGAUGCUCGAGGACAUGCGCACCUAUUACAUGCUCACGCAGAAGCACCACCAGGAGGAGAAAGAGGAGACUGGGAGCUCCUCGCCCUCCGGUGAUGACCAAGCCAUGGUCAAUGGCAAAACCUCUGGCUUUUUCGGCAUCACCCAGGAAGACGGGACAUUAUUCCUUACUAGAAGCUUGGGUUUGAGAACUCUGCUCGGAUUAACCCCGGAACCUGAUUCCCGGACCAGAGUUGCUUUUGCAACUCAAUUUCAGCGUUCUUUCAUGAACCUUCUGCGCAAUGCUCAGUUCGAAGAACUCUCCGCCCAAGAUCUGCUCUUGACAUACGCCCUGAAUAGUGAUUACCUCUUGACGCUACCGGUUUACGUCGACUGGAAGAAAGCAGCUGAAUCUAAUGCAAUAAUAUUCAGGCGUGGGUAUGCCACUGAGAGGCAGAAAGGGCGAUUAUUAGUUGAGAAACUUGAUUACCUGCAAUCAAAACUCUUACAGAGUAUCUUCUUCAGUCUCUCCAAACCGUUGAAAAAACCAGGGAAAUGGCUUAAUGAGGCACUGAAAAGAUCAACAGGGAACCCGGGAUUUCAGAUCUGGAUCGACAAAUUAAAACUCUGGCUUAAAGAGCAAACUUAUGCAGAUAAUUCACUGUUGUUGAUGGAAAACUCUUCGUGGGACAAACUUAGGUCUGAUCAAUUACCCGAUGAAGAUGCUCCUAUUUGGAUUGCUGCACAAAGGGCAGUCUCUCGUUAUGAAGGAAUUCUGUCACCUGUUGGUCCUCGUGGCAGACUGUUAAGAAGAUUGCUUGCAUGGACUGGAUUGAUCCCUUCUCUUCCAGAAGCAACAAUAAAAUCUGAUGUUGAAACAAAGCAUCUUGAAGGCUAUGUGAGGCCAAAUUUUCUACCAAGAAUUACCCUUGCAAAUAUAUGGGAGCCGGCAAGCAGAGAAUCUUGCGACAACAAUGUUUGGGAGAUAGUGAAAGCAUCUUUCCGUAUUUUAUUUGGCAAGUCUACUCUUCAGGAACCAGCAUUCCAAGAAUUGAUCCUACUUUAUACUGAUGAGGAAAGUGAAAAGAAGGCUAAACCCGAGAUGCUGCCGCUACAAUUGAAAAUUUAUGAGAGGAUUCCGAUCCCAGAUCUGCCAGUGGUUUUUCCCCACAAGAAGUUGUCCUUCCGCAUCCUAGAUACAGUAAGGCUGGAUAUUGCUACCGUAAUAGGGCUGUUGGCAUACGUUGUCAACUACAAAUUUGAGAGUUUAGCCUCAUCUCCGUCAGCUUUUCUUCUUGAUAUAGUUGCUAUUACUGCACUUGUGAUACUUGUGUUCCGUGUGGCACUGGGCUACAAACAGACUCGGGAUAGAUAUCAGCUUCUGGUCAAUAAGACACUCUAUGAGAAGACAUUAGCAAGUGGAUUCGGUUCAGUUUACUUUCUUCUCGAUGCUUCUGAGCAACAACAGUAUAAAGAAGCACUUUUGGCGUAUGCUAUGUUACUCUACAGAAAGAAGUAUCACGUGUCAUCUCGUCCAAGAAUCAGAGAUACCUGCGAGCAGUUUAUGUACGAGAAAUUCAAGGCAAAGAUUGAGAUGCCCAUUGACAAGGCUAUGGAGACGCUUGAGCGGUUGGGGCUGGUGAUUGAGCUUCCAACUAAUGGCGGUUCAAGCGUGAUUGCUCUUCCAUGUUCAGAGGCGUACGAGAUCCUGAAAAGCCGUUGGGAUAGUCUGUUAGAGCAGAAGACGGAACAAGGCUGACGAAACUUGUAAAUUGGCUUUCCAUUGUUCGAGUUUUGCGGGGAUGACAGUGUAGUCCUGUACACUGCGGUAAACUGGAUAGGAGCUGCAGUUGCCUCGUGCUUGGCAUGUCGUCGAUAAAAGUGUAAUCUUGGCAAGUUCAGAGAAAACUAUGAGCCUCUAGCCCUCUCCUCCUAUGGCAACAUACAUACUUGUACUAGCUAUUCACGUGGAGAUAAGGCGACUGCAAAUUGUAGAGGAUCGAUGAAUGCUGUUUUUGCUUUGCAAGAAAUCCCAAGACCGGGAAGAUGGAGAUGGUAAAUAGAGGUAUAUAUCGUUGUUACAGUCAGAGGUGAUUAGAUGCUGGUAUCUAAUCUGUAGUAUAUAUGUUAUACAUGAAACAUGAUGGGCAUUGUACAA